GUUCCCUGGAUUUUCUGCAUGUUUUUCGUUACGUGGGUACCCUCCCUCGACCGUUGCCCUACAAUUAUACAGAUACACUCGCUUCCUCAUUCACUUUCAAAUCAUCUUCUUCCUCUCUCUAAAAUUUCUCUGAUUUCGAUUGCCGGUUAUAAUGGAUACAAUCACAAAUCCAAAUCAAUAAACCCAGAUCAACAAGAUGAAACAUAUCAAUUCAAUUGCGGCGUUUCUAGAAGUGAUUAUCAUGUCGUUGCUGAUGAAUCUCAACCUCAGCCAAUCAACCGAUACUGCUUCCCACUUGACUUCGCUGCUUCUUCACAUGAGGAAACCCUAGAAGCGAAAUCUCAACCUCAGAUGCGAAACUAUGCUGCAAAAGAUAUUAAAUUUGGAGUGGAUGCUAGAGCUUUGAUGCUAAGAGGUGUUGAAGAGCUUGCUGAUGCUGUUGAAGUUACCAUGGAUCCUAAGGUUUUUAUUUUAUUUUUUUAUUUUUUGAAUUUUUGUUUUUUGUUUGUGAUUAGUGUAUUUUGUAAUUUAGUUGUUGGUUAAGUGUAGAAUGUACUGCACAGUUGAGAUGUUUGAUUUUUUUGAAGGAUUAAUGGUAUAGUUAUUGCU